AUGUCUGAGAACAAGGUCGAGCAGCUCCGAGAUGAGGGUUCUCGCAUCCAAGUUGUCGCCGCUGGCGCCAUAGCCGGCCUCGUCUCAAGGUUCUGCAUCGCUCCUCUGGACGUCGUCAAGAUCCGUCUACAACUGCAGAGUCAUUCUCUCUCUGAUCCGCUAUCAUACGCUCAGAACGUGCACAAGGGUCCCGUGUACAAGGGCACCCUCUUCACCCUCAAGACCAUUCUUCGUGAAGAAGGCUUGACCGGUCUAUGGAAGGGCAACGUGCCCGCUGAGGGCAUGUACCUGGCAUAUGGAGGCAUUCAGUUUCUGGCAUAUCGCUCUGCCACACAGGCCAUCGAUGAGCUUACGCCCAAUUACAAGCUUCCAGGCACUGCUGUCAGCUUCAUCGCUGGAGCUGUUGCCGGCACAGCUGCCACCACUGCCACAUACCCUCUCGAUCUUCUUCGCACCCGCUUCGCUGCUCAGGGAAACGACCGCGUUUACAACUCUCUCCUGUCAUCCAUUCGCGAUAUUUCAAGGAAUGAAGGUCCAAAAGGCUUCUUUCGUGGUCUGGGUGCAGGAAUUGGCCAGAUUGUGCCAUACAUGGGUCUCUUCUUCGCUUUCUACGAGUCCAUGAAACCUGCGUUUGCUGGUGUAUCCAUGCCUCUGAAUUCGCUUGGUUCUGGCGACGCCAUAGCUGGUGUGCUGGCCAGCAUGAUGUCCAAGACGGCUGUCUUCCCACUCGACACGGUCAGAAAGAGGUUGCAAGUUCAGGGCCCCACAAGAGCAAAAUAUGUGCACAAGAAUAUACCCGUCUAUGACACUGGUGUUUUUCGCACCCUGACCUCAAUUGCAGCCAAAGAAGGCGUACGCUCUCUCUACAGAGGCUUGACUGUGGGCUUGUUCAAAGCUGCUCCCGCCAGUGCCAUCACUAUGUGGACGUAUGAAAGAGCUAUUCACAGCUUACAGUCAUUCGAGGUCUUGGAAGGAAAGCAUUGA